AUGGCCCGGGCCCGCAUCCUGGGGGGCUGCGCGUGGCUCCUGGGGGGUCUCGCCCUGCUCCAGACCCUUUACCUGCGGGCGCUGCCCCCCCCGCGCCCCCCCCGGCCCCGCCGCCCCCCCCGGGGGGUUCUGGACGCUUCGGGGGCGUUCCGGGUGUACUGGGAUGUACUGGGAGCUCCGCGGGGCUGGACCCGGGCCGGACCCGAGCUGGUCCUGGCCACGCACGGCAGCCCCGGGCGGGCGGCGGCGGCGCUGGGGGGGCCCUGGGGGGGUCCCGUGUCCGUGGCCGUUUUUGGGGUGCCCCGGGAGGGGCUGCAGGAGCUGAUGGCGAUUCUGGGGGGGCCCUGCCGGGCUCUGCGGGGCCGCCUGAGGCUGCACGUGGUGCUGGGGGCGGCGGGACCCCCCCUCAGACUGCCGGACCCACCGAGGGCUCCCCAAAAUCGCGGGGGGUGCCGGGGGGCUCUGGCGGGGCUGGCGAGCGCCGACCCCCCCAGUUACAGUUUGGGGGUGCCGUACCCCGGGAAUCUGCUCCGGAACGUGGCCUGGCAGGGGGCGGCGGGGGGGGGAAUCGGGGCGGGACCCCCGCCCCAAUUGGGGGAGCGGUUCGUGCUCAUGGUGGACGCGGACGUGGUGCCGAGCCCGGGGCUGCGAGAGGGUGCACCCCCAAAACUGGGGGGACAGGGGGGGCUGGGGGUCACCAAAACCUCGGGGGUCCCCAGGAGUUUGGGGCACCCCAAUGGGUUGAACGACCCCGGUGACCCCAGGGGUCCUCAGGACCUGAGUGACCCCAAGGUCCUGAGUGACCCCCAUGGCCAGAGUGACCACAACACCCUGAGUGACCCCAAUGACCUGGGGGACCCCAGUGUCCUGAGUGACCGCAAUGUCCUGGAGGUCCCCAAGGCCCUGAGUGACCCCAACUCUCUGAGUGACCCCCACGGUCUGAGUGACCGCAAUGUCCUGAGUGACCACAAUGGCCUGAGUGACCGCAAUGUCCUGAGUGACCACAAUGGCCUGAGUGACCGCAAUGGCCUGAGUGACCCCCACGCCCCGAGUGACCCCAACGCUCUGAGUGACCCCCAUGCUCUGAGUGACCGCAACGCUCUGAGUGACCCCAACACUCUGAGUGACCACAAUGUCCUGGAGGUCCCCAAGGCCCUGAGUGACCCCAAGGUCCUGAGUGACCGCAGCUCUCUGAGUGACCACAAUGUCCUGGAGGUCCCCAAGGCCCUGAGUGACCCCAAGGUCCUGAGUGACCGCAGCUCUCUGAGUGACCGCAAUGUCCUGAGUGACCCCAACUCUCUGAGUGACCGCCAUGCUCUAAGUGACCCCAACGCUCUGAGUGACCGCAACGCUCUGAGUGACCCCAAUGCUCUGAGUGACCGCAAUGCUCUGAGUGACCCCAAUGUCCUGAGUGACCGCAAUGUCCUGAGUGGCCCCCACGCCCCGAGUGACCCCCAGGCCGUGCAGCCCCCCUGGGCCCGGACCCUUUUCGUCCUGCCGGCCUUCGAGGCCCCCACCGACUUCGGCCGCUGGCGGGCGCUGCCCCCGAGCCCCCGGCUGCGCGUGGCCUACGAGGUGCCCUGGAGGGACCCCUGGGAGCCGUUCUUCAUCGCCCCCGCCCGCGGCGUGCCCCCCUUCGACGAGAGGUUCCUGCAGUACGGCUUCAACCGCAUCAGCCAGGCCUGCGAGCUGCACGUGGCCGGGUUCCGUUUCGCGGUGCUGGACGGGGCCUUCGUCACCCACCGGGGCUUCAAGGAGCCCGGGGGGUUCCACGGGGGCCGCGAGGCCGAGCUGGGCCAGAACCGGCGCCUGUUCCGCCGCUUCCGGGAGGAGCUGAGGGAGCGCUACCGGGGAUCGGCGCGGCGCUGCUGAGCGCGGGGACACACCUGGGGACACCUGGGGACAGCUGGGACACCUGGGGACAGCUGGGACACACCUGGAACACACCUGGGAGCCCCCAAUGGACACUGGAAGGACCUGCUGUGAGCACCUGGGGACACCUGACACAGCUGGGGACACACCUGGGGACACCUGGCAACACCUGAGGACACCUGGGACACACCUGGGGCACCUGGGAACCCCCAGUGGACACUGGAAGGACCGGCUGUGAGCACCUGGGGACACCUGACACAGCUGGGGACCCUCCAAUGGACUUUUGGGGUCACCUGAGGAAUCUGCAGUGGACACGUGGGGACACCUGGGGACUCUCCGUGGACACCUGGACGCCCGUUGGACAUGGGGGUGACCGCCCCUCAGUAAAAAUGGCCGCCUGCCCAUGA